UUUCCACCGGCUCUUUCUGAUUUGAGGUUAUGUUAUUACAAAUGGAAUAAAAAUAAACAAUCUUUGAAGUGUGAACCAUUCACUUAUUGCUAUUUUAUCGUAUGAUUUGGUUUUAACUUGGCCUCCGAAAAUCUUAUGAUGAGCGAACCUCAACCAGACGAUGCUAAGAGACGAAAAGUUGAUUUUGAAGAAGAUGUCAAACCCAUUAGGACACACCGACUUUGCCCAUACUUAGACACCAUCAACCGUCAAGUUUUGGACUUUGAUUUUGAGAAGCUUUGUUCGGUCUCCUUAUCUAGGAUCAAUGUCUAUGCAUGCCUGGUUUGUGGAAAAUAUUUUCAAGGCCGAGGUACGAAUACUCAUGCUUACACACACAGCGUAGCUGAAAGUCAUCAUGUAUUUUUGAAUUUACACACUCUCAAGUUCUACUGCCUGCCUGAUAAUUAUGAAAUUGUAGAUUCAUCCUUAGAGGAUAUAAAGUAUGUUCUAAAUCCUACGUUUACAACAGAGCAUAUCAAACAGCUGAACACAACUGGAAAGUUAUCGCGUGCAAUCGAUGGAACUCUCUAUCUUCCAGGAAUAGUUGGAUUAAACAACAUCAAAGCCAAUGAUUACUGUAAUGUUAUCCUUCAUGCUCUGUCACAUGUUACACCAUUACGGGACUAUUUCUUGAGAGAAAUCAAUUACGCUCGUGUAAAACGGCCUCCCGGAGACAGCUCGUUUCUUCUCGUCCAAAGAUUUGGAGAACUUAUGCGAAAGUUAUGGAACCCAAGGAAUUUCAAAGCUCACGUCUCCCCUCAUGAAAUGUUACAAGCAGUUGUUUUAUGGAGUAAAAAAAGAUUUCAGUUCACUGAGCAGGGUGAUCCAAUCGACUUCCUAUCUUGGUUUUUGAACGCACUUCACCGAGCAUUGAAUGGAACAAAGAAGAAGGAUUCCAGCAUUAUUUACAAAACAUUUUUAGGUUCGAUGCGAGUCCGGACGCGGAAGAUCCUUCCUGUAGAACUGAGUGAGGCAGAAAAAAAUGCUCUGCUCAUGACAGAGGAGUAUGCUGAGCAAGUAAGCGAAUCACCGUUCUUGUACUUAACCUGUGACCUACCACCUCCACCACUGUUCAAAGAUGAAAUUAUGGAGAAUAUAAUACCUCAGGUCAAUUUGUACACACUGUUGACUAAGUUUGAUAACGAAACAGAAAAAGAGUACAAAACUUAUAAAGAGAACUUCAUGAAACGUUUCGAAAUAACGCAGCUUCCUCCUUUCUUGAUUCUCUACAUCAAGAGGUUUACAAAGAAUACAUUUUUCGUCGAGAAAAAUCCAACAAUUGUUAAUUUUCCUGUAAAGAAUAUUGAUUUUGGUGAUAUUUUGACACCGGAAGUGAAAGCUGUUCAUAAAUACACAACGUAUGAUCUUGUAGCAAAUAUAGUUCAUGAUGGAGAACCUGGUAAAGGAACCUAUAGAGUUCAUGUUCUUCACAAGGGAACUGGCAAAUGGUACGAACUUCAGGAUUUGCAUGUAACAGAUAUUUUACCGCAAAUGAUCACAUUGACAGAAGCAUACAUUCAGAUUUAUGAAUUGAGGAAAGAUGAUAAUGUAAAAAUGGAUGAAAGCUGAUCUUCAUGUUGAAAAAUUUAGGAGAGUCUUUCACAAACUUGUCGUGAGCUGUUUCUACGAAUCUAGAAAGAGCACCAAAGAAGGAAGUAAUGUUGGUCGGAAGAAAAGCUGCCAGUCUCAAUUUUAUUUCCAUUCCACAUUGUUUGUUCUCUUUAUAUUUUAAAUUUUAUCAAUACAGUCAUCUGCUCCACUGCUAGCUCAGUGAGCUCCUGCUUCUCACUAUUAGGUAUGCUCUUCAAAGUAGUAAAAGGCCAAUGAAAAACUGAUUACCGCAGUAUGAGAAGCCAUGGAAACCGUCUAAUGUUCAGUCAUUGUACAGUUAGAAAUGAUCUAAUUUAUGUACUGGUUUUUUGUAAUUUCUUUGUGCAUAAUUUAUGAAAAAAACGUUUUUAUAAAAAAGAA